AUGGGAAAGGAGGCAGGUGGCUUGGGAAAUGUGGGAUAUACUCGGGAAGAUCUAAAACGAUAUCUUCGUACUCGACGGGAAAGGAGUUUGAAAUACGGAGAAGCAGUCACAUUCGACACAACCUACAAAACAAAUAAAGAAUACCGGCCUUUUGGAGUGUUUGUGGGUUUUAACCAACAUAGGCAAUUUGUGAUAUUCGGUGCUGCCCUUAUGUAUGAUGAGACUAUAGAUUCUUUCAAAUGGGUGUUUGGUACAUUUCUAGAAGCAAUGUACGAAAAGCGUCCAAGUACCAUACUAACCGACCAAGAUCACGCCAUGGCAGCCGUUCUUUCAGUUGUCAUGCCUGAAACAUUUCACGAUCUAUGUACGUUUCACAUAAGAUGUAAUUUUAUGAAACAUCUUGACAAUCACUACAAGGAAAAUAGUGACCUUCCAUACAUGUUUGGUGCCUGCAUGUAUGACAUUGAAGAAGUGAAACAAUUCAACAAGUUGUGGGAGGCGAUGGUGAAGAAGCACAAUCUUGAAAAUAAUGAAUGGCUUUCCGGGCUGUAUCGAAUUCGUGAUAAAUGGGCAAGGUGCAUGAUGAAAGAAAGAUGGACCGCGGGAAUGCGAAGCACCCAACUUAGUGAAAGUCUAAAUGCAGCAAUAAAAAAUUAUUUGAAACUGGAUCACGACCUUGUGCAGUUCUUUAGACAUUUCAAUCUGGUGGUUAAUGAUAAGAGACAUAAUGAACUCAUUGCAGAAUAUGAAAUGAGGCAAAAGCUUCCCAUGGUAGGGUUGAGGCAAACACUUAUGCUUGUGCAUGCAGCAGAGACGUAUUCACCAACCGUAUUUGUUGCAUUCCAAAAUGAAUAUGGUGAGUCAACAUCUAUGGUUAUAUUGAGACAACAAGAUCCAAGGAUGUUUGUGGAGUUUGCGGUAAUGAGGUAUGAUGGAGGACCUGAAAGAAUAGUGGUAUUCAAUCGGACUGAUCUAAGUGUACGCAGUAGUUGCAAAAAAUACGAGAAUGAAGAAAUUUUAUGUGGGCAUGCGUUGAAAGUGUUUGAUACCGUGGGCAUAAAGACAAUUCCUCCGGAAUACGUUAAGAGGCGAUGGACAAAAAGACCUCGAGCUGGGGACUGUUUUGGCAACUGCGCCAUCAAGAAAAUGAACGGUCAGUGA